AUGGAAGCUCCAACCGGCACGACGAUCGCACCAGAAACAGCCGUAGGAACGACUGCAACAACUACCAGCAAGCGACCUGUUCCGCCCAAGCUGCCAAAGCCUUCAGUGAAUCCAGCAGAGCCACCAGCUGGCAAGCCAACAGCACCGGCGACAGGAAAUUCGCGUAAGAGACCAUCCAUUUCUGAGCAUGAGAACACGGACGCACCAGUCAGUAAGAGAGGACGGGCAUCCGGAACGCUGCUGAAAGAGCUCCUUCAAGAAGGGAGCAAGAUCCUCAGACUCGCAGCAUCGAAAGCAGAUGAAUUUGCACCAGCGGUGACAUCGCAUGUGGAAGGACUCGAGAAGAUGGAGAAGAUAGAGAAAAAGCUGAAAGAUCUAGAGGAAAAAUUGAAGGAUAUGCACGGCAAGCUCGACAAGAGUGUUACAGCAGAUGAUAUCACGGAAAACCAUUGCGCACUCGGAGUGAGACUCGAUGAGUUGCUGUCGAACGUCAGGGAGAUCAACGAGAAGCUGGAGUUGCCCGACAUUAAAAAAAUUGCGUUCGAGAUGAAUCUCAUGAACGUCCGUAUGACUGAGCUGGAAAAGCACCUAACUCCAGUCUCUUCGCGCGCAACAGACGCCCCGGUGGAGCUCACUCCCAGCAGGAGUGAAGCAACACAUGUAUGCGACGACAACAUUCAACGCGAGAGCAAGCCCAGCGACUCGCCGCAUCGGGACGAUUCUCAUCCUCAUGAAGAUGUGCGUCGAACUCAGCAGUCGAGGAACUCGCACCGGAGUCCACCGCCGAGAGAUUCGCGCCGUACUCCACCCUCAAGGAAUUCACGUCGCACUCCACCACCGAGAGACUCACGUCGCACUCCACCACCGAGAGACUCACGUCGUACUCCACCUCCACGAGACUCACGUCGUACUCCACCUCCACGAGACUCACGUCGUACUCCACCUCCACGAGACUCACACCGUACUCCACCAUCGAGCAACAGUCGCCACGUGCUGCAUCCUCGAGACCCACGCCGUACCUCCCCGACAAGGGAGUCGCGCAGAAGCCGAUAUCCCGAGAACUCUCACCGUAGCAGACACGAGGACGGAAGCCGCGCAAGACGUGCAAGGGACACUGACAGGCGCGACAAGGCCAAGGAGGGACGGGAUUAA